AUGUUCCAACUGAAUUUUCUCGACGAAUGGGCCAUCCGCGAAGCUCUGUUCAGGUGGCCAGAACUGCGGUGGAGAGAAACCCAGGGGCUACCACUGGGCACUUGGGUGCAGGAGGCAGAAACCAGACUGGCAGCGUGCACCCGGGCCGGGCCACGCGCGCGCCUUCUCCGAAUCCGCCCGAAGGUGCAGAAACUCACUGCGGAGGUGGAAGGCAGGCAUGCGAGGACUCGCGCUGCGCUUUCCCCCCUCCCUCCCUCCAGCCAGCGAGCCGGGGAGCCUAGCGACGGGACAGAGACGCAGAGCGCCGAGGAAGGUGCGUGCAAGCGCCCCACGGCCUGCGAGCUGCUGAAGCGCUGCCGUCUGCUCGGACGACGCUGCGCUCCCCGGGGCGUGCUCCUACCUGCCAGGCGCGGCCUCCAGCGGGCUCACCCACUGCGCGACGCCUCCUCCAGGCCCAGUACCCUGUGCCAACCCCGUGGCCGCCGCUGCCCCCGCCGGGACCGAGGCAAGUUUACAAACACCAACCCCGGGCCUGCUUCCCCGGAAGCACUUUCCCCUCCCCCUCGUCCUCUCCGCUGCACAGCUACAUCCACUUCCGGGCUGGGGAUCCUGGCCGGGCGGGGACAGCUAGCAAAGGGGUGCUGCCGAGGACGCAGGGAAUGGGGUGUAGCUGGUGCGUGAAUGGGCGGUGCCCUCGCACAGAAAGGAGGCUGGUGGUACGGCGCAUGCGCCGUGGUGCGGGCGAGUCCCACGCGGCCAUCUUGAUUGAGGGCAGGAACGGAGGCCCAGAAAUGACGGAACGGCUGGGUGCUUUUUAAAGGUUUUUGCCAGAGACUCCUCAAAAAAGCGCCAUCACUCUACCUACGUUCUUCGUGGACGUUCUCUCGGUCGCUUUUGAACCUGGUGCCCCAAACAGAGCCAGAAUAGUUCGUAACCCCACCAUUUCACGUAACUCGGCCGAGGUUGUCAUUACUUGAGGUUUCCAUCAGGCCCAGUCAGCUGGGAGAGGAAUUAAGUUUUAUAAAUUUUUUUAAAACUAUAUUUUAUUUAUUUUUUACAGAGAGGAAGGGAGAGGGAUAGAGAGUUAGAAACAUCGAUGAGAGAGAAACAU